GUAAUCGGAGGCUUUAUAUGCGGAGAGCUGGGCGCUGGGGAUCGCAGCGUUUGCCUGUGGGGCGCCAGCUCGCGCACAAGAUACGAGAAAGAGAGACGAAGACACGCACACACUUCUACAUACACGCACACGCGCACACACAAAGCGAUCUCUGCACAGGCGCUGUGUACCGCUGCACCGAUUGCACAACCAAGAGAUCCAGAGCUUCGUGGGGAUGCACCCGACUCUCUGCUACGCUUGUACAAUGAGACUCUCAGACGGAAACUUCUGCAAGCCCCAACUCAGAAGCUAAUCUGCCCAAAAUUCUGACAUACGCUGUCCUGCUGGUUUUGUCCUGCUCUCCUCUUUCCGAGUUCAAGAAGUAUGGAGCAGCUGCCAAAAUUUGUUUAUCUCAACAACAGUGGCCAGUGGAACAAUGUUCCUCCGUGGGAUGAGAUAUUAAAAGAUGACUUUUGUGGCUCAUCUGUGGGAGGGACUACCUUCUUGAUUGUCGCCUACAGUGCAGUGAUUGCUGUUGGUCUUUUAGGCAAUACCUGCUUGGUGUUUGUCAUUUCUCGUCAGAAGGAGAUGCAAAAUGUCACCAAUGUUCUCAUCGCCAACCUCUCUUGCUCUGAUAUUCUCAUGUGUAUAGUGUGCCUGCCGGUCACAGUGAUAUACACUCUUAUGGACCGAUGGAUCUUGGGUGAGGCCCUGUGCAAAGUUACUCCCUUCAUUCAGUGCAUGUCAGUGACUGUCUCCAUUAUUUCUCUAGUCCUUAUUGCCCUUGAGAGACACCAGCUUAUCAUUCACCCCACAGGCUGGAAGCCAGUGGUGGGCCACUCCUACCUAGCAGUGGCUGUUACGUGGAUGGUGGGUUGCUUUAUUUCUUUACCUUUUCUGUCCUUCAACAUCCUCACAGAUGUCCCAUUUCAGAAUCUCAGUCUUCCCUUUGAUCCCUUCGCUGAUCACUUUGUGUGCAUGGAGAAGUGGCCCUCAGAGAAACACCGUCUUGCUUAUGCAACUUGCCUGCUUCUCUUCCAGUACUGUCUGCCUCUUUUUCUUGUCCUGCUGUGUUAUCUUCGCAUAUUUCUUAGGCUUAGAAGGAGGAAGGAAAUGGUUGACCGUGCAAGGGAUGGAAGCCAGAAAUCUGGUAGGAACAGCUACAGGGUCAAUGUGAUGUUAGCAUCAAUUGUUGCAGCGUUUGCUAUCUGUUGGCUGCCACUCAACGUCUUCAACACCCUCUUUGAUUGGAACUACCAAGCAAUCCCUCCCUGCCAGCACAACCUGAUCUUCUCAAUGUGCCACCUGACCGCCAUGGCAUCCACCUGCAUAAAUCCCAUCAUCUAUGGGUUUCUUAAUAGCAACUUUCAGAAGGAGGUGAAGUCAAUUCUGUAUCGUUGUCGCUGUGGAGGCACCCCUGAGAGCUAUGAGAACUUCCCACUGUCCACUGUUAGCACGGAGAUCUCCAAAGCUUCCUCCCUCAGAAAUGGAUCAGUCAGCCUUAAUGCUUAAAGGGAAGAAGAGUGUGCCUUGAAAUGGCCGAGGUCUGCUUAUCAUUGCAGGAUCUCCACUAAUGCAACCUCACUGCUGUAUUCAGACUCUCUCGCCAUUUAAAUAUGUUCAAGCCCAUUGUUAAGCCAAUGAAUGAAAUUCAAUGGAAAACCUACUGGCUGUUUGACCAUGGAUUCUUGUACCCGAUUCUGUAUUUGUUCAGUAAUACAACCCAAUAUCGGUGAAUCAAUCAAGACUAUGUGCAUUCUUCGGACUUUAUUCAAAAGUGAAUAACAUUGCUGGUAUAAUCAGGCAUGUUGGCUGCCAAAAAAUCAAUAGAUUGAGCAUCACCUUUAACAUAUUCUGGACCAGGUCUUCAGCACCCAUUAUUAUAAUUCUUUAUUUCAACUUCUUUAUUGUCAUCCUUUUAAUACUGCUGGAAAAGAAGUUGACAAAGGAAUAUGUGUGGAAACAUUGCUGGGAAUUUCACAUGACACUUGUACAUACCAUCUAUGUUGAAUUUUAAUGUUUAAAUAUACAUAUAGGACAAUCACAACUGUAAUAUGGUAUAGAUAAAGAUGAACUGUGAAUCAGACUAAAAGAAAUAUACAAAUGAUCCCAAACUUCAAAGAACGAAGGGCUUCUGAUAGGUUCAAAGGCAUCUGUAAUAAAUUCAAAGAAAUAUUCAAGAUCAGUAGUUGCUGUAUGAAAUAUUUUGUUUGGCUGAUUCAUCAAAGGAGCUUCAAGUCCAGCCAAAUAUUUAUGGUUUCUGUGAUGAAAGUCCAAAAACACUAAGGAACUUCUACCCAGCAGUAGACUGGCUAGAUCGGGUGUUUCACCUGCAUAAACACUUUCUGCCAGUUAUAACUCCUCUUUGUACAUUUUGAAGUGAAUCAUCUGAUCAAAGGUAAAGGUAUUGCUGAGGUAAAGACAAUGUUUGGUAGACUUAAGGCUCACCAGCACAAAAUCAGAGAAGCAAGUGAUGUGAAUUCUCAACAAGCUUCAGGAAGGCAACGAUUAGGAUUAAGAAUUAACCAGAAGCAUGACUGAGAUGAUCUGAUGAUGGCAGGUGGAUUAUUUUGAACUGGAUAAUGGAAUGGUAAUUGAAUUCUGCAAUACUUGUGGUUGUGAAUGCUACCUUUAGAAGCACCUUAAACUGAUCUCAAGCAACUGAGUCCUAUUGGAAGAGUUUUUCUCCUUCUUGCCUUUGCUACUGAUUUCUUUUGCUGAUGUUUGUAACCUGAGUCCACUGCAAAAUGAGUUGACUUAUUCUUGGGAUUGUAUCCCUAGUUAUUCUGGCCUGUUUGGUCAUUUUUCUAGUCUUUGUCCUGCUAUAAAAUGGUCCUUUGUAAAAAGUUUCCCCUGCAGUAAAUUUUGUAUAGACACAAUGUAUUUUUUUUUUCCAAUUGCUAUGUAAAAUGCAAAGUAUUCAUAGUAUAUAAGAUGUUUUCUUCUUGCAGAUGCACUUUUGCAUCGAAACACUGGCCGCAGCCUCUGUCCAAAAAUGUUUUACUCAAAAUAAUACAAAUAGGUUCUUGUCCUAAAUGGUUUCAGUAGUGUCAGCUCUAAGCCUUGAAUAAAUAAAUGAUGUUUAUUUGUAAAACUUUAUAAAUUCUGCAAUAAAGGAGAGCAAUUUUAAAUUCUGGAA